AUGGCACCCACCCAAAUUCUCCUAACCCUCGCCCUCGCCAUCCUCUCCCCCCUGACAACGGCAACGCCAACCCCGCCAGCCCAAGAUCCAUCCCUGGCCCAGUUCGAAGAGCACUUCGUCAACUCGCUCCCCUAUACGUCCGACAACGCAACCACGCUCCGGCUGGUGGGCUUCAAGCGCAUGGCGCUGCCGGCGGCCGACGUGGCGGCCUUUGAGGAGGCGUGGAACGCGCCGCCGUCCGAGUGGCGGCGGCGGCGGGACGGGGGCUCCGCGGCAGGUCGCCAUGAGCAACACUUUUGGUACGACCGCGCCAGGAGGGAGGUCAGGGUGUACUUUCCCGUCGAGGGCGCGCUGCUGAGGAGGAGCGCUGUCGAAGAGGGCGGGAACGUGUUUGUCGAGGCCGACGGGCUGGGGCAGGUGGUGGGUGUCGGGGAGGUGGUGAAGAGGGAUGUCGAUGGCGAGGGGAGGGCGAGGGCUGUGGUUGGUAGGAGGGCGACGGAUCAGGUGUCGGGUGUUGAGGGGAAUGUCAUUCGUGACGGGAUCAUCUACCUCGAAACCCCAGCCCUGCCAGUACGGCACCUGGACGGCCGCACGACCAUCUACGACUUUGGCGUCAAGUCGCUGGACCACGACAGCCACAGCCACGACCACGACCACGACCACGAGGUCGAGGCAGAUCAGGGCCAGGGCGGUGCCAACCUCGCCAAGCGUGCCGAGGGGAAAAAGGGCUGCCUCGAGAACCACAAGGGCAAGAACUGCAGCAAGGCCUACGGCAUCAACCAGGGCCGGUGCCCGAUGAACCCCGACACGUGCAUGGACUACAACGGCUGGAAGACGGACUGCAAAAAGGGCACCACGACCAAGUUUGGAAUCCCGACGCUGAGCAAGGCCGUCAAGUUCCUGGGCAGCGACUGCUCUGUGAGCAUGGCGAGGGGACAUUGCUGGAAUGAGGUCAUGUGA